AUGUCUAAGUGUUCCUUUGCUCAGCAAUCUUUGGAGUAUCUUGGACACAUCAUCAAUGAGAAAGGUGUUUCAACUGACCCAAAGAAAACUGAAGCUAUUGGCAACUGGCCAGUUCCAGUUGAUGCCAAACAGUUGAGAAGUUUCUUGGGCCUAUCAGGUUACUAUAGGAAAUUCAUCAAAGGGUAUGGUACCAUCAGUAGACCUUUGACAGAUUUGCUGAAGAAAAAUUCUCUGUUUCACUGGACACCACAGCACCAACUAUGUUUGGAUACAUUGAAACAUGCUCUUGUGUCAGGACCUGUGUUGGCUCUACCAGACUUCAUCAAAGGUUUCCAUAUUGAGACAGAUGCUUCAGCAAAUGGCAUUGGGGCAGUACUUUCACAGAACCAUCAUCCUAUUGCCUACAUCAGUAAGUCUCUGGGACCCAAGGCUCCGGCCAUGUCUACCUAUGAGAAAGAGUGCGUGGCCCUAAUUUUGGCUGUCACCAAGUGGAAGUCAUAUCUGCAACACAGGGAAUUCACCAUUGCCACAGAUCAUCACAGUCUGGUGCAUUUGGGUGAUCAGAAGUUACUAGAAGGCAUGCAGCACAAAGCUUUCAUCAAGCUGCUUGGACUACAGUACAAGAUCAUUCACAAAAAAGGGUGGAAAAUCAAGCUGCCGACGCCCUAUCUAGACAACCUGACUCACCUACGUUGUUGGCUGCAUCCACAAUCACACCAAGGUCUGGAAAUUAUAGUUGAGGGCUACGACCAGGAUGCACACAGUAAGCAGUUGUUGGCUAAGUUAGCUCUAACUGGAUCUAAUGAAAAAGGGUUCUCCUUACAAGAUGGAGUCAUCAGAUACAAGAAUAGGAUUUGGCUAGGUAAUCACAAGGAAGCUCAACAAGCCAUUCUGCUAGCUCUGCACUCCAGUGGGUUAGGUGGCCACAGUGGCAUCACUGCAACAUAUCAAAAGGUCAAAUCUCUAUUUGCUUGGCCUCACAUGAAGUAA